GCCUACGACUUCUGCCUCAGUGAACGUUGAACUGCACUUCGUUAAGGUUAGCAGCUGCAAACAUUAACAGUGAGCUGCAAACUGUGAGAAUCUGUGAGUGUUAGGUGGAUCAGUCUACACUCAAUUAUCUAGUGCAUUCUACAGUUAUGGUGAAAAGGAGUAUGGUACACAUACAAAGAGGAUGCAGCUUUGGUGCCUUGGUAGUGCUGUUGCUGCUGCCGCUGUUCCAGAUGGCUCACACCCAGAGAGUGACCUGCCAACAUGAAUGUAUCCCACUACGACAGUGCCCACAGCUGGUGCGGCUACUGAGUAACGCCACUCCUGAGAACAUUGGCGCUCUGCAGCGAGUCACUUGCUCUUUCAGGAACAGGGAGCCAACGGUGUGUUGUCCCCGAAAUACCAACCUGUUGCCCAGGAACUGUGGGGAUAGCGAAGGAUUGACCAGGAUUAUUGGUGGAACAGAAGUACCCCUCGGUAGUCAUCCUUGGAUGGCUGUAUUAGGAUACAGAGCCGUGGGAUCCUCAACAACAGAGUUCCUGUGUGGUGGGUCAGUGAUCAACGAAAGAUACAUAUUAACAGCUGCUCACUGCGUACUGGAGUCUGUAUUAGGAAACAAGAAGCUAGAAGUCGUCCGACUUGGAGAAUGGGACUUGACCACCGACCUAGACUGUUUCCAACCAGAUAAUAAUAAAACUGCUAUUUGCGCUGCCCCAGUUCAAGAUUUUACUGUAGAAGAGAUCAUUCCUCACCCAAACUAUAAUACAAGAGUAAAGUUUUCUGAUGACAUCGCCCUUAUCCGAGUCAGCAGCCCCAUUGAUAUUAGUGGAUUUUGGGUUAAAGCGGUUUGUCUGCCUCCUCAAAAUAUUGACGUGGCAAACCGAUCUAACAAUGUGCCUAUAGCAGCAGGGUGGGGCAUCACUGAACUCGGAACUACAAGUAAUAGGCUGCUACAUGUUGAAUUACCCUUUGUAGAUCGUUCACAGUGCAAUGCCACCCACAGGGGAGAUAUAGUUAAUGAACAAAUUUGUGUAGGAGGUCGGGCAGGACAGGACUCAUGCGGGGGCGACUCUGGCGGACCAUUGAUAUUGCCGGGGCCGAGAGGUCCUCCAUACCUCCAAAUUGGUGUCGUGUCUUACGGCCCAUCGAACUGUGGUCAACAGAGUGUACCUGGCGUCUACACCUACGUCACUCAUUACAGGAACUGGAUUGAAGAGAAAUUGAGGCCAUAAGGAAUUAAAGUAUUAAAGUUAGCUAUGAAUUGUGGUGUUAUAACAUAGUGAGCAUCCUUCGCCAAAAGAAACAAUUACAAAAGUACACAGUGACUUGAACACGGCCAACUGUCUCCUAAAGUUUCUUAAUACAAUGAUACAAAAUGAAGAUAAAGAAACUUGAUGGGGUUUUUAUGGAGUUUUUAUAACAAGGAAAUAAUUACCUGUAUGGUAGUGUUUUCUGCUGUGGUAAUGACUUGCUUAAUAAUAAUAUGGGAUGUUUGUGUAUUCUAAUUUUUCAUAAAAGACGAGUAAUUAUUCAACCAAGGUUCAAACUUGUUCAUUUUUAUUAAGACGUUGUUAUAGAAUUAUAGCUAAGAGAAAUUGUAUUUUUUUUUUUUUGCAGCUCAAAAGCACUUUCCUGCAAUCCAGUGUGCAUAGGGUAUUUAUAUAUUAUUAAUUCCUUAACUCUAAAAAUAAGAUUUUUUAUAAUUUUAA